AAUAAAUUUUCAUUUGAAUGGAAUAGUCAUUUUCACUUUUAAGUUGCAAACCAAAUAAAGAAAUAUCGGUGAAAAAAAAAAAGAAAAGAAUUCAGACAAUUGAUUUGCCUCUUUGUCCAAUAGGUUUAAAAUCUCAGAAGUGAAAACAAAGAGAAGAAAUACUUUUCUUGUUCUGAAGAAGUGAUUAGGGUUUUGUUUGUUCAAAUCCAUUUCUGUUUGUUUCAAGCAACGAAUUGGAAGAAAAUGUCAGAUCUCCUACCUCGUGAACUGUGGAUCGUCAUCCUCACUAGACUACCGGUCAAGACCGUCGUCCGGUGCGCUUUUACCUGCAAAUCAUGGUACUCUUUGAUCACAAACCCUAAAUUCAUCGCCGCACACCUCAAUCAAUCAUCUCUUGCCAACAACAACCUUCUUCUAAUUCGAAGCUACUCUGGUGAUGAGCGUUACUCACUAGUACGUUGCGAAAACGAAAUGUUCAUUGAUUAUGCAGAGUUUGAGCCUCCACUGAAAAUCCACCGUAACCCUUAUUUAAGGAUAAUCGGUAGCUGCAAUGGUCUGGUAUGCAUUUCCAAUGAUUUGGAGGAUUACACGGAGGAGCUUUAUCUAUGGAAUCCAUCGAUUCACAAGACAAUGGCGCUUCCGCCAUUGCGUGUUACCGCCGAAUCACACGGCCGUUAUAUUCAUACCAUUCAAUUCGGCUUUGAUUCGCUGACUGAUGACUACAAGGUUGUGAGGAUUGCGUAUCUCGACGGACCCGAUGGUUUUGAACCUCCUCCGGCUCCGGAGAUUGACAUUUUCAGUCUGAGCACAGGCACAUGGCGGAACAUCAGCCAUUUGGGUCUUCCAUAUGCAAUCGACGAGCGGGCUCCCCAGGCCUUUCUGAAUGGGGCUGCACACUGGCUUGCUUUUGACCGAAGAAGGGAUGAUUUCUUCUGCUUGAUUGUGUCAUUCCACAUGGGUGAUGAGAUAUUUCGUGAGAUCAUGGUGCCUGCUAGCAAUUUUCGUGUGCAUGGGGUGGUUGCUAAGUUUCAAGAAUCACUUUCUCUGAUUGAUGUUUUGGGCACAGAUAGUUAUUCCAUCUGGGUGAUGAAGGAGUAUGGCAUAUCAAAUUCUUGGACUAAACUAUUCAAUAUUGAUACGCGUGGAGGAUUAUUGUAUUGGAUAGCUGGCUUUACAAGGAAUGGCCAUGUUCUAUUUGCGACAAAAUUUGGGUAUUUGGUAGCUUAUGAUCCGGAAGUGAAACAAGUAACACAUCAUCGUAUUCGUGGACCUAUAAUUCCAACUUAUAGCGACUCAUUUUAUGCAGAUACCUAUACUGAGAGCCUAGUUUUUUUUAGAUCAAAAUUACAUGAUAGAAUCACUUGUAAGGAGUCACUUAUUUUGCCCGGAGAAGCGAGUGGAGCUAAGAAAACCAAAGAAGAAAGGAAUGAAGAGGACUGUGAUCAGGGUGGAAAUCAAAAUGAGGAGAACUGCUCAAAGAGUAGAAGUGACAUAGACUGUGAUCAUGGUGGAAAAUCAAAAUGAGGAAGCAAUAGAAGGGCUGUGAUCAUGGUGGAAAAUCAAAAUGAGGAAGCCAAAGAAGGUGGAGAAACGUUGAAAGAGUAGAAGUGGCAUAGUGAACACUUUCCCUGUUUUUUGUUACUUUUAUUUUGCCUGUGGUACAUAAAUUGUAUGUUGAUGUAGUUAAAAAUUUUCUUUGGGCAAUAUAUAAACUCACUGAUGAUGCUUUUGAAAUCUUGGAGCAUUUGGGCUUGAUAUGGCUUUAGAUCCU